AUAGCAAUAGAGAAAACAUUAUUUCAGUGAGUCACCUAGAGUUCCCUUCUCUAGCAGGUACCUUCCUUUACCAACUUGAUGCUUUUUCCAUUUCUUUUACAACUGAUAUGGGGACGUUAUGCUCAGUUGCCUACUUAUGGUGUGUGGAGGUCAUUUAAAGGAAACUGCUUCCUUUUAAUGUUGCUCGUGUGGAUUUAUGUUAUGAUGAGUGGCCAUCAGGUUACUGCCUAAGUGAUUAGAGGGUGUCUUUACUUGGAGUUAAUGUAUGCAUUGUUGUUUCGAGUUUACAGGGCUUCUGCCAUGGGUAUCUACCAUCAUGUGGAGUUCUCAGUAGAUCUGUGCAGCGUUACUUCUUCCUUAACACCUGAAGCUUAUGCUUGCAGUGCCUAGUUCUGUGAUCCUUGUGUAAUUACUUCGCUCAUCAGAGUUGUAUUAUUAUCUGCUAGGCUUGUAUAAGUACAGGAAAAAGUACUUCAGAAACAAGCCUCUGUCUAUUUUGGUGCAGUGUUGUUCACAUGCUGUUCUUCCAUUCAUGCUCUUCUCUUUUAGGAAUUUUGGAUCUUGUGAAGAGAAGGGAAGUGGAUGGCAGCUGUACAGUAUUUUAUAAUCCAACACGUGACAUGUAGUCCUGACACCGUCUUUUUGAACCCCAAAGCCUAACAAGGGGAUACAAGGACUUAUCCCACCAUUGAAAAAAUCUUGAAGCAGUAUUUCUGAACUGAAGUUACCACGUGUGGCUGCAUGGAAAGAAAGUGGCAGAACAUCAGCUAUGCAAGCUAAGAGUGCUUUUUGCUCAUUGUGAACCUGCACCAAGGAGGGGGAGGAUAUUACUACUUAGUUUCAGUAAUCAUGUCCACAACUGAGAGGAAGAAUCUAGCAAGUUCGUGUUGAGGUGUAUUCUCAAGUCAAGAUACAGCAGUGGCUCGUAUGCUUCUCUGGAUAACAUAAUCCAUGGAUAAAGUGGGAAAGAUGUGGAACAAUUUCAAAUACAGGUGCCAGAAUCUCUUCGGUCAUGAAGGUGGAAGCCAAAAUGAAAAUGUGGUUGUGAACUCCAGUAGUUGCUCAUCUGCUAAAGACAAAGCUAUCCAGAUAACUGGUGUGGCCCAACAGCAACCCAGCAGCCCUUUGAGAGAAAACAUUGCUUUGCAACUAGGUUUAAGUCCUUCCAAGAAUUCGGCAAGGCGGAACCAAAACUGUGUCACAGAAAUUCCUCAGAUUGUUGAAAUAAGCAUUGAGAAAGAGAACGACUCAUGUAUCACCACGGGAGCGAGGCUUGCUCGAAGGGACUCUUAUUCUCGGCAUGCUCCUUGGGGUGGGAAGAAGAAACAUUCCUGCUCUACCAAAACCCAGAGCUCCUUGGAUACUGAAAAAAGAUUUGGUAGAACGCGAAGUGGUUUGCAGAGGCGGGAGAGAAGGUACGGGGUGAGUUCUGUCCAUGAUAUGGAUGCAGUAUCAAACAGGACAGUGGGCAGCCGUUCUCUGCGACAGCGUCUCCAGGAUACUGUUGGGCUGUGUUUUCCCAUGAGAACUUACAGCAAACAGUCCAAACCUCUGUUUUCUAACAAAAGAAAGAUCCAUCUCUCUGAACUGAUGCUUGAGAAAUGCCCUUUUCCUGCAGGCUCUGAUCUGGCUCAGAAGUGGCACCUGAUUAAACAGCACACAGCUCCUGUGAGUCCACAUUCAACCUUUUUUGAUACAUUUGAUCCUUCCUUGGUCUCCACGGAAGACGAAGAAGACCGGCUGCGAGAGAGACGCAGACUCAGUAUUGAAGAAGGGGUUGAUCCCCCUCCCAAUGCUCAAAUACAUACUUUUGAAGCUACAGCACAGGUUAAUCCAUUGUAUAAACUGGGACCAAAGCUAGCCCCCGGUAUGACUGAGCUGACCGGGGACAAAAAUCUAACCCCUCCAGGAAACUGUGACUCUGAAGAGGACACAACAACACUCUGUCUGCAGUCACGCAGGCAGAAGCAGCGUCAGAUCUCCGGAGAGAGCCACGGCCACAUCAGCAGGCAGGGGGCUUGGAAGGUGCACACUCAGAUUGACUACAUCCAUUGCCUUGUGCCAGACUUACUUCAGAUCACAGGUAACCCCUGCUACUGGGGCGUGAUGGACCGCUACGAAGCAGAAGCACUUCUGGAGGGUAAACCUGAAGGCACUUUUUUGCUCAGGGAUUCUGCGCAAGAGGACUACCUCUUCUCUGUGAGCUUCCGUCGAUAUAACCGAUCGCUACAUGCACGCAUUGAGCAGUGGAAUCACAAUUUCAGUUUUGAUGCCCACGAUCCCUGUGUGUUUCACUCCUCCACUGUUACAGGGCUUCUGGAACACUACAAAGACCCUAGCUCUUGCAUGUUCUUUGAACCAUUGCUUACCGUGUCCCUGAACAGGACCUUCCCCUUUAGUCUGCAGUAUAUCUGCCGGGCAGUAAUCUGCAGGUGCACUACAUACGAUGGAAUUGAUGACCUUCCUCUACCUUCAAUGUUGCAAGACUUUCUAAAGGAGUAUCACUAUAAGCAAAAAGUCAGGGUGCGAUGGCUGGAGCGGGAACCUAUAAAAACAAAGUAAACGGAAAUCAGAAUCCCCAAUAAGCUUACAGAAUAUGCUUUUUGUGUGUUACAGUUUAACUGCAGCGAACGCACCAACAACGUCUAGCUUUUUUGCAAUAUCCUAUUUAAGCAGAGUGUUAGUAUCCUGUCAGAUGCUGCCUGCUGUUAAUCAAACUAAGUUGUGAUGCCUCUUGGAAACAAUAAGCAGACACAAUUCUGCACGUUUUUCAUUAAGGCCUAAUGAAAAUAUUUUUGCUAAUUCCUGAAUAUUCUGUUUUUAUAGCUGUAGUAAUUGGAUGAAGAAACUAUGAGGCAUUUUCCGUGGGGCAUUCAUGUGAUGCUGAUAAAGAAAGACUUUAUUGGAGGAGCAUUUUUGCUAAUAUUUGAAGUAUUUUUUUAAAAUACCUUCUUGAAAACUUUUCACUUCUCAAAGUACUAAUUUAGCUCGCGGAUAAUUUUGCAGAUAGUAGUGAAUAUUUUCUUUUAAUCAAGAGCAGUUCGCUAGAAGCAGGGAUGGCCUGCAGUCCAUAAAGAGUUAACGGCCUUUUGAUGCUAGCAGAUGAAUCAUGCUUUUCUCAGUGUAUAGGGUUUCCUAAUCGUUAAGACUUGAAUAUGCCUGCUCAGUACUGUAAUUCUAUUUUAAACACUUGGAGAUUUAAGUGGCAUUGUUAGUAAAGGUAAUACUGUCUUGGACAGUUAAAUACCUUCCAGCGUGAAUUAUCAAUUUGGUGGCAGGGCACAGAAUUAGAUUACUGCCAUGAAAGAAAAGUUUGUGUUUUUCUAAAGCAGAAUUUGGUGGCCUGACUACUCGUCAUUUACAAUGGAAGGUAAUAGUGAAGAGAAACAAUGUUUUUUAUUUAAAGUGUCUGAUAUUUUUAUGGAGAAAAUUACAAGUGGUUGAAUUAUUAUAAUCAGAAUACAAAAUCUGACAUAUCUGAAAUAAAUGUCAGGUUUCAAAGGUACUGUUACACUUUAUUUGUAAAUAUCUUUCCAUUUGUGCUUUUUUAAAUGUUUUAAAGUAAGAUGCACUGAUAAUAGUUUCAACAGAUUACUUGGAAACAAAAUUCUGAGUUCUGUUUGCUUAUUUAAUUGGAGAUGGAACUUAAAACAGUUCUGUCUUAGACAUUUUUGCACUAAAAUUUUGUUGGAAUGCCCUGUCCCGUUUAAUGUUUUGUACCAAUUACGAGUGCUCCCUAGUUUCUUUACCAGCUGCUACAGUAUGUUAUUACUUACUUCUCUAUGGCAGUGACCUGUGCGAGGUAGGGAACAUCUUGGCUGCAAGUACAAUAAACGUUAUUCUUGUAUGCUACACUAACCCUUCUAUUGAUGUAUUUUUCUGCUUGCUGUGCCUUGUUCUGGCUUUUUGUGCUAAUAAAGUACAGUAUGUUCAGUGUUA